AUGUAUUGCUCUUUUUCUUUCUCACCCUUCCGCUCUUUGCUUUUUUUUCCUACUCCUCGCUCUUUGCCUUUUCUGCCCGAUGUUUUUUUUUCUCACUCCGCUAUUUGCAUGUUUUUUUUUGUUUUGUUUGUUUCAUCUCUUUCCCGCUUUUUUUCUUCUUCUCUUUGCUCUUUUCCUUUUUUCUCUCGCUCUCGCUCUUUGCUGUUUUUCUCUCUCUCUCGCUCUUUGCUGUUUUUCUCUCUCUCUCGCUCUUUGCUAUUUUUCUCUCUCUCUCGCUCUUUGCUGUUUUUCUCUCUCUCUCGCUCUUUGCUGUUUUUCUCUCUCUCUCGCUCUUUGCUGUUUUUCUCUCUCUCUCUCGCUCUUUGCUGUUUUUCUCUCUCUCUCUCGCUCUUUGCUGUUUUUCUCUCUCUCUCUCGCUCUUUGCUUCCACGUCACUCUCUGCUUCUCCUUGGUUCUUUUUUUACUUUUCCAACACUCCAACACAAUUUAAGAUGCUGA